CGAAAAAAAAAAAACAAAUUAAGACAGAAAAAGGAAAACUGAGGAAACAACUCAGUAAGCAAGAGAUCAAAGCUUUGAACACAUUCAAAUCCCACGGGGGCAAUACUCUAGAGCAAUCCCAAGAUUCUGGGGGUUCAUAGAAUUGAAUCAAAUACAUAUACGGCGUUUCGAGCAAAUUAAUCAUUAGUUCUCGUGAAGUUGGCAAGACGCUCCUCCUUGCAUUGUUUCUUCCUCUGAGGGAGAGAGAGAGGGGUGACACCCAAAAAGCUAGGGGUUCUUAAAUUUUAUGUGAAGGGAAAUAGAAGCUGAGAGAGUGCGUUUGUGUGCACGCACUCUCCAUUGUUCGCUUUUUGGUUGUAGAAGGAAUUAAUCAUCAUGCAACGUUGCCAAGAUCGAAGGAUUCAUCUUGGUGAUUUGAAAGGGCACAUUGUGAAGAAGAUUGGUGUUGAAAGAUCUAAAAAAUAUUUUUAUUACCUAAGUAGGUUUCUGUGUCAGAAGCUUACAAAGAGGGAGUUUGAUAAGUCAUGUUUCAGGGUGUUAGGGAGGGAGAAUCUCUCUCUACACAACCACUUGAUCCGUUCCAUCUUGAGAAACGCAACUGUUGCUAAGUCCCCACUCAAACCUGUUCAGAGUAGAGAAGAUGGAUGUUUAGUCCCUAACCAUAAUAAUCAGAAUGGUCCUGUUUGGUCCAACGGGAAGGUUGAAUAUAUGUUGCAACAGCCAGUUUGUAGUAAUGUCGGUUUAGAAAACGGUGAUUUGAGUCGGUUUGAUGAUCAAAGAUCAGGCGGAUAUGGAAGAGAAGGUGAGUUUCUUGGCCCAAGUAAAGAUCAGGUUGCAACUGCAGCUGUAAAUGUAUCAAUGAGUAAUCCUCUCGUCGCACCUCUAGGGAUUCAGUUUUGUUCAGCUAGUGUCGGUGGUAGAACGGUUCCUGUUUCAACCGUAAUGAGUUGCUUACCAGAGACAGAGAUGGUGAGGAAAAGGAUGGAGAGUAUUGCAGUAGCACAUGGUCUUGAAGGUGUUUCGAUGGAGUGUGCUAAUACGUUGAAUGCCAUGUUGGACGUUUAUCUCAAGAAGCUGAUCAAAUCGUGUACUGAUUUGGUCGGAGCUCGGUCCACCAAGCAGCAGAGUCAGAACAGUUUGCAAGAUCAUUACUCUGUGUCACUGCUUGAUUUUAGAACGGCCAUGGAGUUAAAUCCACAACAGCUUGGCGAAAACUGGCCUACUCUCCGAGAGAGAAUAUCCGUGAGGUCUUUCGAGGAACAAGACUUGGAGGUGUGAAAGAAAAUCGUGGACAUGCAUGUGUGUCGAUGGUAGAUAAUGUCUGAGUCCAGCAUGCUCUGGUCCAAAAGUGUGAAAGAGAGUGAAGUUAUGAGAGAGCAGGUUAGUAGAUUAUUUUUUAAAGUGCAACUAAUCCCAAACUAACCGUCUAAAAGAUCUAUGUUGUAAGAUUAUUAGCUUUGCUGUUUAUACUGAGUUUUGGCGGAGAUACUGUAUGUAACCCUUAGUCUUUUAGCAUUUGUUUAGAAAUCAUUUCUUAAUAAGAAGAAAUUCAACAUU